AUGCUCUCACAUCAACAACACCCGGCCACAACCACAACUACGGCCGCCUCUGACCGAGGCCCGCAAAAUCAUUGUUGUGUACCUACACCAAGUAAUAGUUUAGAUGUCUCACUCGGUUCUACCCGUCCUCAGUCGCUCCAACCUUCACCUCACUAUCACCAACACCAACACCAUCAUAGCAUUCCCGGUCUGAACCAUCCACCACCAUCAAACAACAUGACACCAAUGUCUCUUCCUCACAGUCCCUAUCUAGCACCUCAUAUUUCACUUUCCAUGACAGAACGUGUUCCAGUGUCUGCUGCUGCUGCUUCUGUUACUGCCAUUUCUAAUGAAAAUUCAUCUUCUCAUGCUGUUUUGUCUGUACCUGGUGGUGGUGGUGAUGGUGGAAUUAUCAACAACAACACCACCACCAACAAUAACGCUCUAACUAAUCCCGCAACAGGGGUACUUCCAAGCAAUAAUCCACUGGCUCGUAGACCCAGUAUGGUACGCUUUUAUUCCACUCCAACGCUUCCAUGCAUGAGUCCGACGCGGCAACAGUUCCGGUUAGCCAAUGCUACGCCGCGCGAAAUCAAGGAAACUGUCGUGUCCAGUAGACGUGUUGAUGACGCUGGCAAAACCGUCAACCAAUAUCUUGUUUGUGGCCAGAUUGGCUGCGGUACAUUUGGCACUGUUUGGAAAGUCACUGAUACUAAUACAUCCGAGCCCUACGCUAUGAAGGAAUACUCCAAAUCGAGCCUACGCAAACAUCUUCGAUCGGAGCUUCUCAGUCAACGCAGGCGUGCCGUCAUGAGAGGCUCAAGUCGUCCACGAACACCUCUCGCAGGUGCUUCUUCAACAUCUUCUUCAUCAGUUUCCCCAGCAAUCGACAAUAAUAGUCCAUUUAACCUUAUCCGCAGAGAGUUUGCCAUUGCCAAAAAACUAGACCACCCUAAUAUCGUCUCUCUCAUUGAAGUCCUCGAUGACCCAACAAGUGACUCUCUAUACCUUAUUUUAGAAUGGUGCGCAAAUGGCCCAGUCAUGUCCCACACAAAGACUCGUGACCAUAACGACGAUGAGCCCCCACUCGUACCCACCGCUUGUCUCUCUGAAGAACAAUGCAGACUCUACUUCCGCGACAUGAUUCUGGGGAUUGAAUACCUACAUUCCCAAGGAGUCAUUCACCGCGACAUCAAAGCAGAUAAUCUACUUCUUGACGAGGACGAUGUUCUUAAAAUUGCAGACUUUGGUGUCUCUGAACUUUUUGAACAGGAUAACGAUGUAAUUACCAAAACAGCAGGCUCACCCUCUUACAUGGCCCCAGAGCUUGCUGUCAUUUCAAAUGGAACCCUAAUGCCGCUGGCGGCCACACGCGAUAUCCCUACAAACUCUCUUUCAGGCAGGUCUGCAGACAUUUGGUCCAUGGGUGUCACUCUUUACUAUAUGCUUUUUGGUGUCUUGCCCUUUUGCGCAGACAAUGUCAUGGACCUUUAUACUCACAUAGUCACGGAGGAAGUCGAGUUCCCACGAGAUGAUAUCAACCCAGAUCUUAAAGACCUGUUUGCACGCAUUCUCUGUAAAUCCCCUCAAAAACGCAUUAAAAUGGACGAGCUUCGUAUCCAUCCUUGGGUCACACGUCGCAACCAGGACGCCCUUGUGUCGAAAGAGGAAAAUAUCUCCGACAGCAUCACCCAAGUCACUGAAGAAGACAUUGUCUCAGCCAUUGAGCGUGUCCGUAGUCUUGGUGUCGAGCCUGAACAAGCCAUGGCCAAACUUCGCAGACUCCACGGCUGGCGUGGGCAACCUUCAUCGUCUCGAAGCAGCUCCCGGUCACCCUCUUUGUCACCAUACUUGGCUCCGCAUGACGCGCUGGCGCGCGUGCCUUCGCCUACACAACCCCUCGACGACGUUAACCUAUCUUUACAGAAGCUCACGCGUGCUCUCGAAGAAGUGGCACGUCGCAGUCAUAGCAAGUCUCGAGGACCAUCCUCAGUGGAUUCCCAAGGAGGUCCAGGCAGCUCUUCUUACUACAAGUCUAUUUCUCAUGGAACCUCAAGUUCUCACAACUUUUAUCAGAGCGCUAGUACCACUCCUGGCGGCAGUAGCAUCUAUCCUAGCAGAAAUACAGGUACUACCAUGAGUGCAAACGCAAGCUCAGUAUCUGUGGCUGUAGUUGAAGGUCCGACUGAAGCAGACUCCACAUUAAAGGAAGAAAAUACUCUCACCAUUAUUGGCCGUCCACCCAGUGUGCCUAGCCCAACCUCUCUUACAUCAACCACCCCACCGUCAUCGUCCUUGAAGACUGCAGCCCCAUCUGCAUGUAAUUUGGUUAAUGAAGCUGCUUCUACUCGGAUAUCUUUAUAA